GGAGGCGGCGACGGCGGCGGCGGUGGCGUGCUGUGUGAGCGCGCGCGAGGGGGGCGGCAGAGAGGAGGCUCCCGGUGCCACCGCGGCGGCCGAGCCACACGGGCGGCGGGCACGGCGGGGUCGCAUCUGCCGGCGCUGCGGGGCCGCGAACAAAGACCAGCCGCGGAGGCGCGAGAGCAAAGUCUGCAAUGGAUGUUACAUGAAUCACUCUAAGGGCUGCGCACGACUAUGAACAUUUUGAAGCCUUUCUCUCAGUAAAGUAGAUCACGAUGGAUGAGUCCGCCUUGUUAGACCUUUUGGAGUGCCCCGUGUGUCUAGAACGCCUGGACGCUUCUGCCAAGGUCUUACCUUGCCAGCACACGUUUUGCAAACGAUGUUUGCUGGGGAUCGUGGGUUCCCGGAAUGAACUCCGGUGUCCUGAGUGCAGGACUCUUGUUGGUUCUGGCGUUGAGGAGCUCCCCAGUAACAUCUUACUGGUCAGACUUCUGGAUGGCAUCAAGCAGAGACCUUGGAAACCUGGCCCUGGUGGGAGCAGCGGGACCAACUGCACAAAUGCAUUAAGGGCUCAGGGCAGCACUGUGGCUAAUUGUGGCAUAAAAGAUCUGCAGAGCUCCCAAUGUGGACAGCAGCCUCGGGUGCAAGCCUGGAGCCCCCCAGUGAGGGGUAUACCUCAGUUACCAUGUGCCAAAGCAUUAUAUAACUACGAAGGAAAAGAGCCUGGAGACCUUAAGUUCAGCAAAGGUGACAUCAUCAUUUUGCGAAGACAAGUGGAUGAAAAUUGGUACCAUGGGGAAGUCAAUGGGGUCCACGGCUUUUUCCCCACCAACUUCGUGCAGAUCAUCAAACCUUUACCUCAGCCCCCGCCUCAGUGCAAGGCACUUUACGACUUCGAAGUGAAAGACAAGGAGGCUGACAAAGAUUGCCUUCCCUUCGCAAAGGAUGACGUACUGACGGUGAUCCGCAGAGUGGAUGAAAACUGGGCUGAGGGGAUGCUGGCAGAUAAAAUAGGAAUAUUUCCAAUCUCCUAUGUUGAGUUUAACUCAGCUGCCAAGCAGCUGAUAGAGUGGGAUAAGCCGCCGGUGCCGGUAGACACCGCAGAAUGCCCGUCCACGACAGCGCAGAGCAGCACUGGUCCAAAGCACUCUGACACCAAGAAGAACACCAGGAAGCGACACUCCUUCACCUCUCUCACCAUGGCCAACAAGUCUUCCCAGGCCUCCCAACACCGCCACUCCAUGGAGAUCAGCCCUCCUGUGCUCAUCAGUUCCAGCAACCCUACGGCCGCAGCCCGCAUCAGCGAACUCUCUGGGCUCUCCUGCAGCGCCCCUUCUCAGGUUCAUAUAAGCACCACUGGGUUAAUUGUGACCCCACCCCCAAGCAGCCCUGUGACAACUGGGCCUUCGUUCACGUUCCCGUCCGAUGUCUCCUACCAAGCUGCCCUUGGAACGAUGAAUCCUCCUCUUCCCCCACCCCCUCUCCUGGCUGCCACUGUCCUCACCUCAACAUCAUCGGGCGCUGCCGCUGCUGCUGCUGCUGCUCCUGCUGGAGUAGGACCCAGGCCUGUGGCGGGAUCCGCUGACCAGAUUGCACAUUUACGGCCCCAGACUCGCCCAAGUGUGUAUGUUGCUAUAUACCCAUACACUCCCCGGAAAGAAGACGAACUCGAGUUGAGGAAAGGGGAGAUGUUUUUGGUAUUUGAGCGUUGCCAGGAUGGCUGGUUCAAAGGGACAUCGAUGCACACCAGCAAGAUAGGUGUCUUCCCCGGCAACUAUGUGGCUCCAGUCACAAGGGCGGUGGCAAAUGCCUCCCAAGCUAAAGUCUCUCUGUCUACGGCGGGUCAGGCUAGUCGCGGGGUGACUAUGGUCAGUCCUUCGACUGCAGGAGGACCUACCCAGAAGCUCCAAGGAAAUGGCGUGGCUGGGAAUCCUAGCAUGAUUCCCACAGCUGUGGUGUCAGCAGCUCACAUCCAGACAAGCCCUCAGGCUAAGGUCCUGCUGCACAUGGCCGGGCAGAUGACAGUCAACCAGGCCCGCAAUGCUGUGAGGACAGUUGCAGCCCAUAACCAGGAACGGCCCACAGCAGCAGUGACACCCAUCCAGGUCCAGAAUGCCGCCUGCCUCGGUCCUGCAUCCGUGGGCCUGCCCCCUCAUUCACUGGCCUCCCAACCUCUGCCUCCAAUGACAGGUCCUGCUGCCCAUGCUGCUGCUGUCAGCAUCAAUCGCACCAAUGCUCCCCUGGCCUGCGCUGCAGGCGCUUCUCUGGCCACUCCAAGCAUGACCACUGCCACCUUGGAGACCGAGCCCGGUGGUCGAACAGUGACCAUCCUCCCUGGACUCCCCACGUCUCCUGACAGUGCUGCGGCUGCGUGUGGGAACAGUUCAGCUGUGAAACCAGACAAGGACAGUAAGAAAGAAAAAAAAGGUCUCCUGAAGCUUCUCUCUGGCGCCUCCACCAAACGCAAGCCCCGAGUCUCCCCUCCAGCGUCACCCACCCUGGACAUGGAGCUGGGUGUAGGGGAGGGGCCCUUGCAGGGAGCAGUGGGGCCUGAGUUGCCGCUAGGGGGCGGCCACGGCCGGGCGGGCUCCUGCCUCACAGAUGGAGAUGGCCCAGUGGUCUCUGGGACAGCAGCCUUAGCCCAGGAUGCUUUUCAUCGCAAGGCGAGCUCCCUGGACUCAGCAGUGCCCAUCGCUCCACCACCUCGGCAGGCCUGCUCCUCCCUGGGUCCCGUCCUGAAUGAGGCCAGGCCUGUUGUUUGUGAAAGGCAUAGGGUGGUGGUUUCCUAUCCUCCUCAGAGUGAGGCAGAACUUGAACUCAAAGAAGGCGACAUCGUGUUUGUUCAUAAAAAGCGAGAGGAUGGCUGGUUCAAAGGCACGCUACAAAGAAACGGGAAGACGGGCCUUUUCCCGGGGAGCUUUGUGGAAAACAUCUGAGGAGACGCCACGCCGAGCCAGGGUGCCAUCGCACCACAUGACUGAAGAGCACAAAGCAGCGUCGUUAGGAAGAGCACAUCCAUGGACUCCCAGAUCUUCAGGAGCUGAGCAAGGACAGGCACUCCGGAGCCCCGGUGGCAGAGUGAAGGCGGCGCCAGUGUGGGCCCCGCCCCCUCGGGGUUCUGAUGUGUAAAGUGUGCCUUGUGCUGUCUAAUGGGCUAUACAGAGAAAUGUCUUUUUUUUUUUUUAAAGAUGUAUAACUAAAAUGGACAAUUGUUUACACGGCUUAACUAAUUUAUUUGCCUUUUUUUUAAAACUUGAACUUUCUUGUAAUAGCAAAUUCUUUGGAUUAUGAUUUUUAAAAACUAUUAAUUUAUGAAAUGAUGGCUAAGGAGAAGCUGGGUUCUCUCCCGUUGAGAGCAGGAGAUUCUUUUUGACGUAGAAUGCACCCCCUUCCCCUGCUCUCGGUCCCCUUCCCCCCAGUUAUAUUUUGCUUCUUUGAGACAAAAAUGUCAGUUUUCCAAACAGACGACUGACUCGGUUCCAGCCUGGGGUGGGGAGACUCCCGGCUAGAGAUGUUAGUGAGUCCCCAUCUGUCUCCUCCGUUCAGAGACCAACCCCAAGCCCUAAUCCUCGAUUUCAUUUUGUGGGUCUUUUCAUUUUCCCGGAACAAAGUGGGUGAAGUAGGAAGGAAAAUAAAAGCACAACGUUGACUAAAAAUACACGUAUUUGUGUGCUGACACAAGCAGUCCGGUGUGUUGGCUGGGAAGUAGGAGCAAGUUGAAGUUGUAGUCGCUGUGUGUGAAUGACUUUGAAAUGUAAUCCCCCCUUUUACCCUCAAGUGGUCUGCAUGCCCAAGACACAGUGAAAAUUCGUGAGGCCAUGGCGGUAGGAGAUGCACUCGUGCUGAAGUCAGAGGCUGUAAGAAACGCUGUGAAAGUUCCCAUCGAUCCAUUGUGAUUUCCUCCGCCAUCUUGCAUGUGUUACCGGAUUCCCACAGUGACAUGGACUGUGCAUGGUGCGGAUAUGUUAUUCCAGUUUUCACCCAGAGCUGACCGAUAACAGGAGGUUUUAAAAAAGAAAUAAAUAAACAGCAUUCUCUUGUCUGCACACCACCACUACUGACCGGGAUGUCUUGGGUGUGCUGGCUCGCUCGCUCUCCGAUGAAGGCACAGGUUAGGCAGCCAGCGGGUAGUUACAAUGUUAUUUAUAUAUGUGUGUUCUCCCAGCCGACUGAGGUGCCGGGCCCGAGUCUAUCCAGGGGGCCGCUGGCUCCUGUGACCGUGUUAAUAACGCUCUGCAAGGCUUGCUGGGAGGGGUUGUGCCCACACCUUACAAUUGUGGCGGGGUCCAGCCGAGGCCAUCUUUUUAUAGCCCAUCCUUUGAUGUCCGGCAGUGUCUUCUUCCAGUUUCCUCCCAGCUGUGGGUCUGGCGGCCCUGAAAACAGCUGGAAGAAAGACAGCCUGGUAGUGAAUGAGUGCUUGUUCUAACAGUUCUCUCCUGGGUAAGUGGAGUAAGGAGGUCAACAUACAACCAACCUUUUCCCUUUUCCUUUUCAACUUUAAGAAAAGAGUAGCUGGGAAAUAUUGAAAUGAACUGAAGAACCAAGUAAUGGCGAGAGAUUCUAUUGUCUUAAAAAGAUAUGUAAUGUGGUUGGAAGUGCAGUCAUUCCUGUUAAUCAUUUUUAUAUAAAAACACUGUAUAUUAUGUUCCUUUGUGUUGAAUUUUUUAAAAAAAAUACUUUACUUGGAUAUUCAUGUAAUAUAUAAAGGUUUGGGGAAAUGAACUUUAGUUAGGAAAAAGCUGACGUCAGCUUUCAUCUGUGUGAGUUGACACAAAUGUGUCAUAAUCUUUAUUUUGGGAAAUUAGUGUAUUUUAUAGAAAUUUUAAAAAAACAAAAAGACUACUACAAGUUAAGAUGAUCUUUUUUUUUUUAACAUGUCGUUUCUCCAUAUUUUCAGCUUUGUGAUUGAAGUAUCCCUGGCAAUAGUUUCCUGGUAUAAAGUUGGUUAAAAUUUCAUCUGUUGGUAGAUCAUUAGAUGAUAUAAUGUGUGGGCUUUCUGUUGGGUUCUUUGGAGACACUAGAUGGAUGUUGUAACAAGGGCUUGUUACACAGUGGUGGUAAUGAUAAAAUUGCAAUUUAUCAUUCCAUUUAUGUUAAUUUUGAGGACUGGAUAAAAGGUUUCAUUAUUAAAACUUGAUGUUCAACCCUUCCA